UCAUAGCCCAUGAGGGUCUACAUUUUAAUAAUAGUCCCACUCAAAAAAGUUUUUAGCACCUCAGGAGGUUCCCUCGUAAGCUAUGCUGUCGUUAAAUCAGACUGUUGUGACCUAUAGUUCUCUUGAAAGAAUACCGAGCACUAAACAAAACGGCUCAUUUUCGAAGGUGAGUUUUCAUAAAGAGAAAUAUUACUUACCGAGAAUUACAACAAUACACCUCUUGUAUCCAAUAUUUAGCCAGGAUAUGCUACUUUUUUCGCCAUUUUUCGAUGCAGCUUAUAGAGAAUUAGACGUUUUGCAAGAUCUAUAUUGCCAAAUUAUCCAGAGUUUUACUUACGUUCAAAAUCUGGGUUUUAAUUAGAAAAGGAUUUGAGAAGAAACCGAAAACUGUUCAAUAAAAAAUGUUUUUGGGUAUGAACACUUAAUUAGAAAACAUUCUGAAUGAGCCUUUUUGUUCUGUUUUGCAUGCUCUUUCCACAAAAUACAGCUUAAGACAGACCGAGCUAAUUUUUCAGGCAAAAGCGAAAGAGACUAAAGAUGAAGCUGUUUUUCGAAAACUCAUAUCACGUAUAUUUUUUGGGUAGCGCUAUUGCCACCUUUAGAGGUGUCAGCAAGGAGCUAUUGCCAUUUCCAGAAGAUGUCACUGACGGUGACACCUCUGAAGGUGCCAAUAGCCAUUCCGAUAUUUUUUAUCUUUACAAAAUUCAUUGGAUUAUUUAAAUACGAAUAUCGCACAAAUAGUUAAUAAGAUAUAAUUUUUAAUACACUUUUAUUUGUACACUUAUUAUUUUCAACAGCUAAACGUUUCGAUGUUUACCGAUCUCUUAAUCAGUAGCAUACCAAUUUUUAGAAAAAAUUUGACAAUGAAAUUAGAAUAACGCAGAUCUGUAGUUCGAUGUUAAAUCCACAUUUUUCAAGUUUUUCUAAAAAUUGUUAUGCGGUUGAUGAAGACGUUCGUAAAUGUCGAAACAUUUAGCUGUUGAAAAUAAUAAUUGUACGAAUAAAAGUAUAUUAAAAAUUAUAUUUUAUUAACAUAUGUUUCAGAGAUCAUUUUCUCAACAACCACUUAAUAUUAAGUUCUCAAAACUUUUUCAUUACCACAGUUAUGGACGUAGAAUCGGAUAGAUACAUUUCUAGAAAAAAACUUUUUUAGGCAUUUAGUCACUAUUCACGACACAAUCACAAAUCCUCUCUUUUGAACUUCCUUGGAAGGCACUUUUCGUUAAAAAUCUCAGAAAGCUCUUAUUAAUACCAAAGAGAUGUUAAAAAAUCGGAUGAUGUGUAACAAUUUUGUUGACUAAAGAACAGGGGGAUGAUAUUCUAGCUCCUUAUUCCUCCUUUUUUAAAGCACAUCUCGGAACUUCUGUUCUCUCUUGCAGAAAAGAAUCAUCAGAACUUACCUUCAAUUCUACCAGAUGCUCAAUCGUUUCUCUGUUUACAGGUAAAUCAACAUUGUUACCAGCACUUUUGAUUGCUGAGGGUUAUGAUAAAGUUAUCGUAACUCAACCACGUCGUUUACCAUGUACAUCCAUUUGUGAACGUGUUAAUCAAACAAUGACCACCACGAAAGAUGAAUUCAAACUAGCUGGUUGGGCUGUAAGUGGUGCUGAACGUGACGUUAAAGCUCGUAUUUUAUAUUUGACUGAUGGUUUACUUAAAGAACGUUUAUUAUAUGACGAAAAUUUAAUUACCAAUCAAACUAAAUUUGAGAAAUCUGUUGUAUUUUUUAUUGAUGAAGUCCACGAACGUUCAGUUAAUAUUGAUCUUUGUUUAGCAUUGAUAGCACGCUUGUUAACACAAAAACCUGAAUUAAGACCAAAAAUGAAAGUUAUUAUAUCAUCCGCUACACUUGAUUCAUCUGUACCAAUCCUUUAUCGUCAAAUUCCUCAAUUAAAAUUUGAUGAAUUUACAAUGCCAAUGAUGGGUACUCUACAUCAAGUCACAAAGUAUGAGAGACCAAAGGAAAAUAUUGUAGAUUUGGUACAAGAACUGUAUAAAAAGCGUCAACGGCAUGAUCAGAUACUGUGUUUUGUUAAUUCAGUUUCUGAUGUACAUCAAUGUUGUCGUGUACUACAAGAAAUUAGUCAUGGUACAAUUAUUGCUUAUCCUCUUGUUCAAUCACAAACAGCUAGUGAUCAACAACUAAAUAUUGAACAUGGUUCAGUUUUCUUUUCAACUACCGUCGCUGAAACUUCCUUGACAUUUCCAUCUUUGAAAUAUGUGAUAGAUACGGGUAUGAUUAACAUCCCCAUUUACGAUUUAAAAACAAAACAAACUGUUUUAAAAGAAAUUCAUGCAGCUGAAUCAACAAUCAAACAACGUCUGGGACGUUUAGGCCGUACAAAACCCGGUGAAUAUUACUCAUUGUAUGAUUUUAAAGUAGGUGAUAAAAAAUAUCCAACACCACAAAUAUGUCAAUCAGAUUUAAUUAAUAUUGAAUUUACUCUGAGAAAAUCCCCAAUGAAAAAUGGAUUGAAUUAUAUGAAGAAAUUUUUGCCGAAUGCACCAGAUCCACAAGCAAUUCAGUUGGCGAUUGAAGAGCUGAGAAAAUUACAUAUCUUAACACCUCAAGAUCAAUUUACAUCCGUUGGUGUUUCAAUCGCCAAACUUCCUGAUUUUGGCUCAUUAGCCAUGUCAAAAUCUAUUUUAUCUGCUUUAACACAAAACAAUUGUGGUCAAGAUUUGAUUAUUCUAUCAUCGAUAUUAAGUGUUUUGAAUACAUCCUCGCUGUUAAAAGCAUUACCGAAUCAAAUGAAAUCAUCAGAUGGUGAUUUUAUGACUCUAUUAAAAGUAAUGAGUGAAAUUUUACUUGUUAAACGAAGUGUACCAGCAUACCAAUUUAAUUUAGAAAAAAUAUGUCAUGCAAAAGGCUUAGUUGGUAUUCAACAUAUUCUAAAACAAGCUUUACGGCGUUAUGUAAGUUUAGAAAAAUCCUUCAAUUUAUCAGAUGAUUAUCGUCAAAAAGCACAACGCUCUAGUGCUGGUGAGUGGGAACUAAUAGCUCGUUCGUUGUUAAACGGGUAUUCAGAAAACGUUUUUGUCUCAAUGAAAGAAUUACAAGGCAAAACACACCAGUUUACUCGUUAUCAAUCAUCAGCGGCACGAGAAGAUUUUGCUGUUUUGGAUCUUCAAUCCACAUUAACACGAUCUAUCAGUUCAGCUCCUGUUUCCGUUAUACUUGCACGUGAUAUACGUUAUUCCUCGUCAGUCCGUGCAACAGCCGUUUUAUCAUUUGUUGGUGAAAUUAAAUCAGAAUGGAUUGAUCGCCCAAUGGAACGAAUAAUAAAACUGAAUACAGCUGAAGAAACAAAAUUAAAUUCGGAUAGUAUUUUAUCAAAUGCAAAACAAACAUUUACAAAUUUACAAAUUUCUUUGAAUAAUAAUCAUGAACUCAUUCUCAAAGGUCCAUCUGGAUCAGUCUUAGAAGCCGAACUUGAUAUCAUACAGCAAUUAGUUGUUCCAAUGAAAUUUAAUCUCACAAAUGAUUUUAACCCAACAUCUUCCGAGUAUAAAAGUAUGAAACGAAACUUAGAAAGUGUUAUGAAAAUGCCCAGAAUAUUUAAUCCAAUGAAAUGGCGAUGGGAAGCACAACAACAAGUUAAAAUAACAAUAAAUACAACAAAUGGUGUUUGUGAAAUAACAAUUGAAGGUCGUGACUCACGAAAUCAAUUAGCACAAAAAGAAUUUCAAUCCUUUUUACGUUGGUUAAAAACUUGUGCCGUUAUAAGACAUCCAAAUUCGGGUGUAUCACCGCGUAUACUGAAACCGGAAAUGCGGAAAACAUGUCUUGCCAUUGAAGAAAAAAUAUCACAUGUAACUGAUAGUAAACGAACAUCAAUUGAUCUGUGGAAUGGAUUAAAAGGCUCCAAAGCCACACGUGAAACACGUAUGGAAGUUGUCGCCUGGAUUGCUGUUUGUCAAUUUGAUUGCCGUGUUGAAGGAGGUUUCGUUCGUGAUUGGAUUGUUGGUAAUUAUACUCAACGACCAACUGGAAAUGCCCCUCCAUCAACAUGGAUCUCAUACAAUGUAAAUCCGGCGAAUGUACCCAUACCAUAUAUGAGUAAAGAGCUGAUCCCAUCAGAUUUAGAUUGUCAUUUACCAACACAUGCGUACUUUGAUAUCGAUAAAUUUUUAGAUUAUUUACAUAAAUAUCAAAUUGACUGUAAAGUUUUUCGGGAAGAUUGGAGAUAUGUUUUAUUGUUAGAUGAAAAUGCAAAAACAGGUCCAUUUACAAUGGAUUUAAUUGAACCACAUGUUGCAUUAACACAUGAUCGAAUUGAUUUUGAUGUUAGUAAUCUAUCACUAGAAAAAGAUUAUACAAAAGAAUUAGGGAUGAGAGUUGAUAUCCAACAAAAACCAUAUUCAAUUGAAUUAGAAACAAUUGUUGAUAAUAUAAAAAAUAAACGUUUUAAAGUGUUGAGACCCAUUGAUGAUAUUGUACAACUACGUAUAACAAAAAUGGUUCAGACACGUGGUUGGACACAAUUAGGGGAACCAAUGCAUGUUAUUCCCGAUCCACCACCAAAAUAUCAAGUUGUACUAGUACCACUGCCACAAUCAACAGCUCUUUAUCAAUUAAUUGUACAACAAAUGAAAACUAUUGGAAAUCAGGUGAAAGUUCUUUCAAUUGAACAAAUUAAAAAUCCACUAUUGGAAGAUGCCUAUCUGGCAAAUAAGAAGUUGAUAGCAAAACAAUGUACAGGACAAAAUCCAAAUGAACGUGAAUUAUUUCAUGGAACUAAAGGUGAUGCAAUUGAUGGUAUUCUAGAAAAUGGCUUUGAUGAUCGAUAUUGGGGAACAAAUUAUUCUAAAGGAAACUGGGGUCAUGGUGCCUAUUUUGCUGACAAUCCAGUUGUUUCACAUAAUUAUACAUCACCUGAUCCUACAGAUCAAACACGUAUUAUGUAUUAUAACAAAGUAUCAUUAGGUAAUGAACACAUAUUACAGGAAAUAAAUCAAGAAUUAAAUUCAGCACCAAAAGGUUAUCAUUCAACACAUGGUAAAUACCCGGGAAAUCCAAUGUCAGAUGAAUAUAUUGUUUAUCGUUAUGGACAAGCACUGCCAUAUUUAAAAAUAACAUAUAAAGGAUAG